UUUUUUUCCAAGUGUACUCUCGUCUAUAAAUAGUCACAUCUGUUGGCCAACCAAAUCAGUUUAGCAAGAAUAAUGUACUACGUUCGUUUAUUGUAUCUUUUGACUCUGAUUGCACCAAGUUGUGUGGCAUUUACACCACCAGAUAGUUACCCCAUAAUGAAAUUAGAGGAGCUGACUGGCGAGGAGCGGGCAACAGCUCUUGAAUUUUUGGAUGCCACACUUGCUAAAUUGGCCAACAGUUCAGCUUUUGCUACCAACUACUCGUUAACAUCUCAGUGGUAAUGGCCCAAAUGGUGUCGGCCAAAAAAAUGAGUUACCAAUUGGAGUUGACUGAAAACAAUGUCAGUAAACUGUGCAAUGCGAGAAUUUGGCAUCAGACUUGGCUCAGUUCCGGUGGCAUCGAUUUUCAAUUGCAAUGCGAGAAUGAAGGAAUGAAGGUAUAUGUAAUAUAUAUAGAAUAUAUGUAGAAAGCAGAGAA